UCUUUCAGACUUUAGUUCAGAGUAAUAAACAACUUCGAGACAGCACAGACUUGAAACCUGAAUCGCUCCCCAGCCGUUUGUGCUUCGCGAAUUGCUUCUGCCACAACUGGUCGUAACAAAUAAGGGAUUAAUUACAAACCAGAACACUGAUUAAUUGUUUUAAUUAAUCAAGGAUUUGAAAAAUAACAGACGAUUAAUAAGCAGAAGUUCUCCAGAAUUUUGAAGAGGAAUCAAAUUUGGUAGCAAAUCAUUUUGUUGGCCAUUUGAAGGACCUUCCAGGUGACAAGUCCACCUCUCAGCACAUACCUGUCCCCUGGUAUGUGUGUGUAGUUGUGCCAUUUUGGUAGACUCAACAGAGAACAGCCAGGGGUAGGACAGCUCUCUGAAGGAUGGUGAAUGUAAUACCUUGUGUUGAAGCACAUCAAGGAAACGAGAAUGAAGUGGUGAUUAGUGUUCAGGGUAGAGUGGGUAUUAGGCUUCAUGGUACAGUGAUCAGCGAGGAGGUAAGCAUAGGGGACAGGCAGAGCGUGGACAACAACAAUGGAGUCAACUAUGCUGGAGGGUCUGAUAUUUGGAACCGAGGUGUAAUGGACAGCGUAGAGUUAGGUUCCAGGGUGCAAAAUGUUGUAAAUGAUGAAGAGGAAAUGAUAGAAAGUGUGAGGAUGGAUGCUGGGGUGGAAAAUCUCACUGAAGAAAGGGGUAACCAGGUAGAUACUGAGGGCGUGAUGAGGGACAGUGAUCGGGUGGAUGCUGAGGAUGAGACGAAGGAGAGAGAUCGGGUGGAUGCUGAGGGUGUGACAAAGGAGAGAGAUCAGGUGGAUGCUGAGGGUGUGACAAAGGAGAGAGAUCGGGUGGAUGCUGAGGGUGUGACAAAAGAGAGAGAUCGGGUAAAUGCUGAGGGUGUGACAAAGGAGAGAGAUCGGGUGGAUGCUGAGGGUGUGACAAAGGAGAGAGAUCGAGUGGAUGCUGAGGGUGUGACGAAGGAGAGAGAUCGGGUGGAUGCUGUGGGUGUGACGAAGGAGAGAGAUCGGGUGGAUGCUGAGGGUGUGACAAAGGAGAGAGAUCGGGUGGAUGCUGAGGGUGUGACGAAGGAGAGAGAUCGGGUGGAUGCUGUGGGCGUGACGAAGGAGAGAGAUCGGGUGGAUGCUGAGGGUGUGACAAAGGAGAGAGAUCGGGUGGAUGCUGAGGGUGUGACAAAGGAGAGAGAUCGGGUGGAUGCUGAGGGUGUGACGAAGGAGAGAGAUCGGGUGGAUGCUGUGGGUGUGACGAAGGAGAGAGAUCGGGUGGAUGCUGUGGGUGUGACGAAGGAGAGAGAUCGGGUGGAUGCUGAGGGUGUGACGAAGGAGAGAGAUCGGGUGGAUAGUGAAGUGGUAAGCAAAGGGAGAGGCCCUGGGGACACAAAUGGUGUGAGUGCCAAAGUAUUAGCUGAACAAAACAGCAUAAUGGAACAAAAAGCCUCAAACUAUGGCAACAACAAUUGUGGCAGCCAUAAUCAUCUCCAACACUAUCAGAGUAUGGAUGAGACGGGGUUAUCAAACUACAGAAGACAUUUAUCUAGUGUGACCCCACACACUCCAACUCGUCUCACACUCUUCUACAAGCCAUCAAUGCUUUCAACCUCGGUGAUUAAAUACUUUCCGAAGGACGUGAUAGUCCGUGCGAAAGGCGAACAUGUGUCUUUUGGACGGAGACUCGAUUCUGACGUCCAGCUCAAUGACGAUUGUAUGUCGAGGAACUAUGCUGUUCUGUGGUUGCCCGUCAACAACUGUGGCACGUUUAAACUGCGCAAUAUCAGCUCAUCCAAGGAAGUGGUUGUCAAUGAUGUCAUUCUCUACCCUAAUUGCAAAAGUGAGAUUAUCUUCACCAGCGAUAGUAAAAUAAUGCUUGAUAACAUUGAACUAACAGCAAUGGUGAGAGAAGGAAGCCCUUCGUCAACACAUUAUGAAGUGAAGGUUGAACCUAAAAUCUCUCGGAGUACUUCGUUGCAGCAAGAACCAACUUGGAUGGCCAGUAGUCGGAAUGUUGGCGCCACAGCUCACCAGACUGAACACGUUCUCUCCUCACACCGAAGAAACUUGUAUGCCCAUUCCAGAUUUCUCAGUUCCGGACCAGUCGAACAUAGCCUCUCCAAUGAUGUCUCCAGAAAUCUCCUCCCGGAGGAAAACUGAAUAUUUAUGGGGGAAAAAAUCUAAAAUCCUGUUUAUUCUGGAAGAGACUCUAAGAUGCAUACAGACAUCUUUGAUAUUCACAAAAUAAAGGGACUUCAGUGGGUUAUAUAUAUA